AAGCCCAAGUCAGCCCCAAAUUCCCCCUUCACACUCGAGUCGGCAAAAAGCCCCAAAUUUCCCUACGGUAAUCGGAACCCCCAAAAAUUCAACAAAUCUAAGAUUUAUUUCUCUAAGUAGAAGAUUUCGAGAUUCAAGUCCAAGCCUAAAUCUCGCCCUAAUUCGAGUCCACUUACCGAUUUCUCGAUCCUCGAUCUGAUCCUCGCUGCUUCGAUCUCCGGGGGAAAAGUCCGCUUUGAUCCUCGUCUCGUCGACGAUUCGAUGGUGGCGGCUUUGAGCUGCUGCAGCUUCUCGCAUUUCUCGUAUACAGAACAGGGAGCUCGAGGUUUUUGAAGGAAUAAUGGCGGCAAGUAGCAAAUUUGACUUGUCUUCGAGCAGCUCCGACGGGCCGCAACCUCACCCGAGCUCGCAGCGAAUGGCCGCAACCCUCGAGAGGCCUGGAAGCUUCCGCGAGUCUUCGGAGAACCGAAUUGCGUCCUCGAUCCCCAGCAGCAGCGCUUUGAGGCCUGGUUCCGUGUCAGCUCAAGGGGAUGCAGUAAGCUUGUUGCAGAGUGUUGUUUCUGAUAUGAGAUCAGUGGUUGGUUUUGAUCCGAAGUCUCCUCGGCCUGGUGAAGUGAGAAGAUCGAUAAGCUCGAUCCUUGGCAUUUCGCAAGAUGAUUCCUUGCCUGCUACAUAUAGUGCGAGGCCUCUGACUUCUUCCUCUGUGGAGGAGAUUAGACGCUUGAGGUAUAAUAUCCAAGAGGGUUUCGUCAAGGCCAGUGAUCGAGCUAGAGCAUUUGGUGAGGCUGCGUUGAAAAUGGAUAAAUGCUACAACAAUCUGUCUAGAAAGCGUUCUCGAACUGAUAUUUCAUCUAGUGGGCGGUCUAAUGCUGCAGUGCAUGGAGGCAGUACCCUGAAGAUGGGACCUCAAAGCCAUUUCGCUGCAAGCAGUCUUGAUGCUGGGGCUCAGAAAUUGGAAGAGAGGGCGAAAACUGGCGCCCCAAACAGAAAAAUUCGAACUUCUUUGUUGGAUGUACGGAUGGAUGCACGCCCUAAUAGCACUGCUAGGCCAUCAGGGUCUAUGGAUAGGGAUAGAGAUGUAUUCAAACUUGCCAAUGGUGGUGCAACACCGCCAGAAGAAAAGGGCAGAUCAUUGGCAGCUGCAGUAGAUCCAUGGGACAAAACAAAGAUGAAGAAGAAACGGUCUGUCUUAAAAUCAGAUGCCUCUGGAAAUACAGUAUUGCCAAGGCCACAUGAUGGUGAUCGAGAGUUGAAACGAGGAAUGCAGCAAAAGCUUAUAACUGAGGCUAGACCAAGAUUGAAUAAUGCCCAUGGCUUCAGGCCUAAUGGUCGGGAAGAAAAUUAUGCUGCUAGUCCUACUUCAACAGUGAAGACAAAUGCAUCUGUUCGGGGACCACGAUCGAGUUCAGGAACUCUCACAAAGACGGCAUCUCCUAAUGCGAACCGUGUACUGGCAAAUUCUGAUGACUGGGAACAUCAGAACUCUAUGAACAAGCUCAGUGUUAAUCGCAAACGCUCAGCGUCUGCACGCUCAGCAUCACCUCCUGUUGCAAACUGGGGUGGUCAGAGGCUUCAAAAGAUGACACGUGUUGCAAGAAGAUCAAAUUUACCUCUUGUAGGUUCAAGCCGUGAUGAUUUUCCAGCAUCAGAUAUCCCAGAAACAAUGGCAGUCAAUGAUGAAGGGUUAGGAUUCACAAGGCGUCCAUCUGCUAAUGCUUCUCAGUCCAAAUCAAGAGGCGAUCAGGCACUUUCCGGUUUAUCAGAAAGUGAGGACUCUGGAAUUUCAAAGGACAAGUGCAAGAAAUCCAGGGAGGUGGAGGGAAAGACUGGUGCAUCCAGUCAGAAGGUAGCAACUCUGUUACCACCUUCAAGAAAGAGCAAAGUGCUUGCUGAGGAAGAUCAGGAAGAUGGUGGUCGGAAGCAUGGGAAGAUCAGUCGAGGUACAACGCCUGCAAGGCCUGGCACUCCUAUGUCGAAUGAGAAGCUGGAUGGUGUUGCCACUGCGAAACAAAUGAGAAGUGCAAGGAUUAACUCUGAGAAGAUUGAAAGACCAGGUCGCCCACUAACGAAGAAGGCAUCUGAGCGCAAGGGGCAUACUCGUCUAAGGCAUUCAGCAACCAAUUCACCAUCAGAAUUUGCUGGAGAAUCUGAUGAUGAUCAUGAGGAGCUUUUAGCUGCUGCAAAUGCUGCCUUGAAUACAGGACAUGAAAGCUUAAAUCCGUUAUUGCAACAAAAUGAGGAAAUUUUUGGUUUCAUAUCUGCAGAAGACCAAGAAUUUUUGAACCAACAGAUCCGCCGUUUAGACGAGUCUUCUUUCAGUGUUGGUGGUUCUGGAAAUCGUCAGAGCCUGAAGGGUGACCUUGAAUAUGAUUCAGUGCCAUCAAGUCCAGCCCUUUCUGGUAAAGAUAGCUAUGGAGGAAGCCCAAAUGGAACUAUAGGCCUUAACGGGCAUAUGAGGGUCAUUGAGCCUGCUAAUCAGUUGAAGCAUGAUGAACCUUUCUUAGAGGAUCUAGUGCUAGGAAAUGGGUCUCAAAUUGGAGUUUCAAUUUGUCAAGCCCUUCUUUCAGCUAUCAUUGAGGAAGAUGAAGUUGAAAGUUUUAGCCAACGAAGCAAUAAUGAAGAGGGCAUAUACGGAAAUUCGUGUGGAGUUCAUUUUGACAUUGAUGCAGAGUUGAAAUCAAAAAGUUUGAACCUCCAAUCUUUUGGGACCUUUCAAUCUGCUGACAGAGCUGAUCUUUAUUCUUAUAAGGCUAAUGCUGGCUGGGGAUACCAUGAUGAAUUGAGACAGGAUCUUGGGAGUAAUGGUUUUGUAGAUGAAUUAGCGUCUAACUUGGCUGUGAUUUCUAGUCCGACGUGCACUGAAUUUCAGUAUAACCAGAUGAGUGUCAGCGAUAGGAUUUUGCUGGAGCUGAGUGAAAUUGGAGUCUACCCAGAGCCUGUUCCUUACUUAGCGCAAAGUGAAGAUGAAGAUAUUGAUGAGGGAAUCGAUAGACUGACGGCAAAGCUUCAUGAACAGGUUUCAAAAAAGAAAAAACUUCUGCUGGAUUUAAAGAAGGCUGUUGUGGAGGAAAGAUUGUCUCAACAGAGGAAACUCGAGAGGAUUGCAUUGGACAAGCUUGUAGGAAUGGCUUAUGAGAAAUACAUGGCUUGUUUGGGUCUUGGUGCGUCUGGUAGCAAGAAUAUGAACAGAGGUAAUAAGCAAGCUAUUCUUGCUUUUGUUAGACGGACGUUGGCACGAUGUCGGAAAUUUGAGGAAACCGGAUCUAGCUGUUUCAGUGAACCUGCAUUUAGGGAUAUGUUCUCUUCAGUAUCAUCUCGCAAAGAUGUGCCUGCAAAUGCAAUCAACUGUCAUCCGUUUGCCUCUGGUCAACACUCUAUGCCUUCAGCAGAUCCACAUCACGGUCUAGCGUCACAGCCAGCACAAAGAGAAGAUGUCCACAAGUCUUCUGAUGCUUUCCGAUCACUCAAUCAUUUAACGGAGCAAACAUAUGGUAUGGAAGAUCAGUGGUCCAAUAAAUUGAAGAAAAAGGAGUUGUUGCUUGAUGAAGUUGUCGGCAGUGCUACUGGUAUGCUAAGAGCCUCUUCUGGUCUUGGAGGUUCACUGGUAAGUGGUACAAAAGGAAAAAGGAGUGAGAGAGAUAGAGAUGGCAAAGUGCAGUCCAGAGAUUCUGCAUCCAGAAAUGGCACUGCUAAAAAUGUCAAGGGGGAAAGAAAGAAAUCAAAGCCCAAGCAAAAGUUAUCUGCUUCUGUCAAUGGCCUUCUUGGAGUCGGUACAGAGACUCGUAAUAAAGCAUCGCCAUCAGCUCCCAAGUCAAACGAUCAUGUCACUAGAAAUGGAAAUAAGGAGGAUGAUGCUGAGGCCAUGGACUUGUCUAGUUUACAUCUGCCUGAAAUUGACGUAGCUGAUUUUGGUGCUCAAGGACAGGAUAUUGGUUCAUGGUUGAACAUCGAAGACGAUGGACUUCAAGACAAUGAUUUCAUGGGCCUUCAGAUACCAAUGGACGACCUCUCAGAAGUUAUGUUCUAAAAUUGACCCCCUUUGUACAUUACACAGUUUGAGAGUAUUUACUGCCACAGUGUCAAAGAUCUAUCGGCAAUGAGGUCUGUAAGUAAGCAGCCUGUAGAUUCUUUUAGGGUUCUAAAGAGUUUGUUGGGAGCAAGCCUUUUUGAUCUGUGUAACAUGCUCCCCUUUGUACCAUUUUGGCUACUUGGGUUGUAUAUAUUAUGCCUGUACAACACUUAUAUGCUAGCUGCAUUAGCUUUGCAGGUGAUGGAUCCUGUAAUUGUACAUACAUUUAUAUUUCAAUAAAAGUAAGCUUUAUCUACUGAAAUAUUUGCGGCUGAGAGCUCCUCAGAAGAUUGUGAGGCUUGGCUUGGGCUGCUAUGUUCGGCAGAUUCAUGCUUUGGAAUUA